AAGGAGAAAACAAACAUCUUUGAACCAAAACAAAUGUGCCAGGAUCUUAGAGUUUGGAAGAAUACUAAGAUAAGUCAGGAAGAUAAUGAAUUCUGAUCUCUCCCACACAACACUCCUGCAUCUUCUUUGAGAUUUGCCUUCAAAGGACAAAACCCAUCUGCUUCUUCACUGCAUAUACAAACAGCCUCCUUUAGCGGAUCAGGAAGCUUGUUUCUAGAGGCCAAUAAUCUUAAUGGGAACUUAAAGACGUCUUUCUGUCUUGUUUUGGACAUCAACUCGCCAGCUUUACGCAAUGAGUCAUCGUCGGCGUCCUUAUUACGCAUGGACAAAAAUCAAUGUUUAAGGUGGAGCAAAAGAAGGACCGAAGUGAGUGGUGUGUCAGUGGAGCAGAUAUAAGGUGAGUGGACCGCGGGAAGCGAGUGUUCACCUGAAUCUCAGUGCAGAGGACGCGUUCAGUCUUGGCUGUGACUAUGGAGAGCUCCAAACUCUGGACCACAGCGAUGGCAUGCGCUGUGCUGGUCUCCUGCAUUCAGGGUGCUGAAAUGGACUUUGACAACGAAUCCGACUUAGAAACGAGAGCUUUGAGGGAGUUUUACCCAAAGGACCCAAACCUGACCAACGAAAAGCAGCUUCUCGGGGCUUUACAUGACGUUCUGGAGAAACUGCAGAGUAAACGCAUCUCACUUUGGGAAAAGAAGUUUGGGCGCGUUCCUACAUGCGAUGUUGGGGAGCAAUGCGCCAUCAGGAAAGGAUCAAGAAUCGGCAAAAUGUGCGACUGUCCACGUGGAGCGUUUUGCAAUUACUUUUUGCUGAAAUGUUUGUAAAGAUAGAAAUGGAUUGUGAACUGGAAAUAAACACGAUAUUGCAGAUAUUUAUACAUUAUGUGAUUUCUAUUUUUAUGAUUACGAAGUGCUAUGAGAAGAACAGAUGAAUCUGAAAGAUUGUUUAAUUAUUUGCUGCUCUUGAUGUGUAAUUAAACCUGAAUAAACUGUGUGGACUUUUGUUUUCUAAGGCA